AAUCCGUCUCUCGUUGCCGCGGGUAACCCCGCGAUAACGGUGCGAAGCCAUAUCUAGGGUUUCCAUCGCCGCCGAAGGCUUAGACGAGAUGGUUCUACCGAAUGAUAUUGAUCUCCUCGAUCCCCCAGCGGAGCUUGAGAAGAGAAGGCACAAACUCAAGCGUCUCGUUCAAUCUCCCAACUCCUUCACGGAUGUGAAAUGUCAAGGAUGCUUCAACAUAACUACGGUGUUUAGCCACUCGCAGACUGUUGUGGUUUGCGGAAACUGCCCGACCGUUCUGUGCCAGCCGACUGGCGGGCGUGCAAGGCUCACCGAGGGCUGCUCUUUCCAACGAAAAGGCGAUUGAGCCUAUCUGUGCGCUUUUCUUCCUUUCUCUUGAUAAAUCUUUGAGAAGCUUGGAAUCAAAUUUAUAUGCGAGUUUUAACACGAUGCUGUUUUAAUUGUCAGUAACGAGAAGAUGUAACACAUAUUAUGCUUUUUACUGGGGUUGGCAGUUCAUGUAUAA